GUGGGUGUCCCUGUUGCGGCGCAAUGGCCGUGUCGUCCUUGAGUCCGACGUCGUUGAAACCCGUCACUCACCUCAUUUUUGACAUGGACGGCACCCUUCUGGAUACUGAACGCUUUUGUACUAUUGUAUAUAAAGAAGUCUGUGAAAACUACGGAAAGAUAUUCACCUGGGAUUUGAAAUCUUCAGUUAUGGGUAGAAGACAACUGGAAGGAGCCGAGAUUAUGCGAAAUACCCUAGGCCUUCCAAUUACCAAAGAAGAAAUAGUGAAGGAAUGUGAAAUUAAGCUAAAAAAAUUAUAUCCCACAGCUCCACUGAUGCCAGGAGUUGAAAAACUGGUCCAUCACCUACAUCAACACAGUAUACCCAUAGCUGUUGCAACCAGUUCAGCGCGAGAGCCAUUUGAACUGAAAACAAGUCAACACAAAGACUUCUUUAAAUUAUUUCAUCAUAUUGUGCUGGGAGAAGACCCUGAACUGAAGAAUGGAAAGCCGGAGCCUGAUAUAUAUUUGAUUUGUUCGAAGAGAUUUAAACCACCACCACCUCCUGAAAAGUGUCUUGUAUUUGAAGAUGCUCCAGCUGGGGUCAAAGCAGGUCUGGCAGCUGGGAUGCAAGUAGUCAUGGUUCCAGAUGAAAAUCUGAACAAAGAUCUCACAAAAGAAGCAACUCUUGUACUUCAGUCUAUGAAUCAUUUCAAGCCAGAACUCUUUGGUCUUCCACCAUUUAUCUGAACAGUGUUUUAUUGUUGUUGUUUUAAUGUAGCUCUUCUUUAUUGAUAGGGGGUGGGGAGAUAGACUAUUUAUUCACACAGCACACAAAUCCUAUUGCAAUUAUAUGUUCUAUGUUUAUAAUUAAUGGUAGGAGUAACUUGUUUAUCCAAAUCAACUGGUGAAUGAUGGGAAGAUGGGACUUGUAAGUUCUGCAUGUACAGUAUACAUUAUAGCCUCCCCUUUUUGGGAGAAGCAUUCUCCCAUACUUCAUCAUCCCAAAGCUCAGAACCACUUUAGGAGGUGCUUCUGAUUCAGUGCAAUGAGGUACUACCAGAAGUAAAAUAGAGAAAUUCUUGGAUUAAAAAGACUUUGUAUCAACUUGUUUGACAUUCCACAUAUCUGCAGUCUUCUGUUCCUCAAUGUAUGCUAAGCAUGUCAUAUGAAACUUCCAUUUUUUCACUAGAAUGGAAGAUGUUUUGCCUGGGAUUAAAGUCCUUGAAGCUUUCA